CUGCUGUGCUGCCACUAGCCCAACAGCUCCGGCUCACCUGAUGACAGGCUCAGGCCUUGCAGGAAACAGAAGAAACCCAAGAUUCAUUGAAUUUUUUUAAAAAAUUGAAGUCAUCCUUCCUUCCGGUACCUCAAGAUGGCAAACAUUUCACCGUUCUGUCCAGUUUACAGAGAUCUGGAGCCAUUCACAUAUUUUUUUUACUUAGUUUUCCUUGUUGGAAUUAUUGGAAGCUGUUUUGCAACCUGGGCCUUUAUACAGAGAGCUUCACACCACAGGUGUGCAAGCAUAUACUUAAUUAACCUGCUCGUGGCCGAUCUCCUGCUCACCCUGGCACUGCCCGUGAAAAUCACUGUUGAUUUGGGAGUAGCUCCCUGGAAGCUGAAGAUAUUCCACUGCCAGGUCACAGCAUGCCUUAUAUACAUCAAUAUGUACAUAUCGAUUAUAUUCUUGGCAUUUGUCAGCAUUGAUCGUUGUCUUCAGUUGACACGCAGCUACAAAAUCUACCGAAUACAAGAGCCUGGAUUUGCCAAAAUGUUGUCAACUGUUGUGUGGCUUAUGGUCCUUCUUCUAAUGGUCCCAAACAUGGCAAUUCCCAUCAGAGACAUCAAGGAAAAGUCAAAUGUGGGGUGUAUGGAAUUUAAAAAUGAGUUUGGAAGAAACUGGCAUUUGCUGACAAAUUUCAUAUGUAUAGCAAUAUUUUUAAAUUUCUCCGCCCUUAUUUUAAUAUCCAACUGCCUCGUCAUUCGACAACUCUACAGAAACAAAGACAAUGAAAACUAUCCAAAUGUGAGAAAAGCUCUCAUCAACAUACUGCUAGUGACAACUGGCUACAUCAUUUGCUUCGUUCCUUACCACGCUGUCCGCAUCCCAUACACCCUCAGCCAGACAGAAGUCAUAUCUGACUGCACCACCAAGAUUUCACUCUUUAAAGCUAAGGAGGCCACACUGCUCCUGGCUGUGUCCAACCUGUGUUUAGAUCCUAUUCUGUACUAUCAUCUCUCCAAAGCAUUCCGCCUAAAGGUCACAGAGACAUUUGCCUCACCUACGGAGAUGAAGGCUCAGAAAGGAAAGUCAAGUUAUGAAAGUGAGGCAUAAUAGAGCAGGACUUUCUAUGCUCACUUCCUGCCUUACUGGAUCACAAAGUUUCUUAUAGUUUUGCAAGAGAUAAAUAAAGUACUGAUAAUUAAAAGUACAGAAAGUCAGCAAAUGUGGACUAGUUUACACAGAAACCUAGUAUCUAAAUGCAAACCAAUCUUACGUUUUUAUGACUGUUGAUACCUAUCCCAA